AUGUAUUCCGUACGAAUGGUUGUGAUGUUUUUAUUGAUUGUGCUAGUGAGUAUAUCGAUUAUUAUCCGAAAUACUGAAGGUGAUAAUAAGCAUGUGAUAAUUGAUGAACGAUUUGGUGACAAUAUCUCAAAAUAUCAAAGUAAUAACACGCGUUAUGAUGAAAAUAAUCACGAAGAUAUUAAAUAUGAAGAAUUUGAUAUUAAAAAAUCUAAGAGAAAAUCGUUGAAGCAAGAUAUCUUUAUGUUACAUGGAUCAAACAAAUUUAAAGUUUCCUAUCCACCUGCCAAAUAUCGCUUUUUUAAAACAAUGCUUAACAAAGAUCUCUGUGAUCAAUAUACUUUGGAAUGUAUUUAUUAUCGAUCGGAAUAUCCUCGAAGCAGAUUAUCAUUUGACUGGAAAACUGGCAAAGAAUACAAUCCAUGUCAUCGAUUCGUUGAACCAUGUUUCGGAAUAUCUGAAUAUGACUAUAAAAUUGCAAGAAAAUUCAAAAGUUUAAAGGAUUAUUAA